GUAUGAGUGAGUAUAGUGAGGGUGCGACCGGUGGAGGGUAGGCGACCACCACCGCGACGACACCCCCCCUUGGGCCGCCCUCAGUAACGCGCCUUUUGGCAGCUUGCAGAAGCAAGUGUCGAUCAUGAGCCUGAACCUGAACGCCAAGAUCGAUGAGAUCCAGUGUCACCAGCACGCCGACACCAGCGCCGCCCUCCUCGCCAUCAGGUCGCAGCUGCAGGACCUGACGAAGAGCGUGGAGAGCUGCCAGAGCGAGGUGGUCGAGGUGAAGCGGGACAUGGUGGCCAUCAAGCACGAGAUCGACACCCUCCAAGCCGCCAAGGAGGAGAUCGAGGAGCUGCGAGACGCCGUCGACCGCCUCGAGGAACAGACCCGACGCAGGAAGAUCCGCCUCCUGGAGCAGGUACCAGUCAGACCCCGUCUCCCCCUCAAGGAUCUAAAACCUUCACAUGCGACUGAACCUCUCCGACGUGCGACGUGUUGCCAGAGGGCGCGGCAGAAUUGGAACCCCUUGCGUCACUUGGACAAUUCUUUUGAACAGCUUAAUGUAUAUUCGGUAUUCGACUCUGCCACGCUGCAGCUGCUGCCUGUGGAAGGCUAA